AUGCCCUCUUCUCUUCUUCUCGUAACUGCCCUCACCUUCUUCUUGGCCUCGUCCUUCGUCCUCACCCGUGGUGAUCACACCUCGCAGCACUCGCUGCACGACCCGCGCGUGCUGCACUGCCUCUCGCGCAGUGCGGUGCGUUCGCUUCAAUUUUGCCUUUGCCUCAACGACCUCGAUCUGGAGUUCUUCUACACCUUGUGGAAGAAGAGGGGGUCGACCGUGCUGCGCCUGCCGCGACAGACGCGGGCCUUCCAGACCAUGAAGGACGAGGAGGACCCCGAUGGCCCCCCGGCCAGGCGUUAUGACAAUUAG